UAUAGUCUUAUUACAUAAAAAAAGAAACAUGCUGUAUAAAAAACAUAAAAUUAAUUUACCGAAGAAGCAUCUGUGCUGUUUGAAUUUUAUCGUUUUAUUUUUGUAAAUUAGAAUUUAUUUUUUAACAGGUUUAAAAAUUACCAAAAGUUAUCAUUGUGCUUAUGAACUCAAGCGACACACCAAUUUGUUCAAAAAUGAAUCACAAUGUGGCAGAAUAUCCGCAUUUAUUAGAUACGUCCGUUUAUUCAUCCCAAUCAUCAACAUUAGAUGAUAUUUUUCAAAAUUUAAAGUCUCAACGCCAAGAAAUAGAGUCAUGGAAACUUCAGCGUAAACUUUCUCUACCGUUUCAACAAAAUUUGGUAUUAAUAUCUCAUACUUCAAAAAACGAAUUGGAUUCAGCUGAUUUGAAGUAUGAAAUUCAAAGACUUAAGGUUGCUUUAAAACGUUACCAACAAGCAGAUCCUAAUGUUGAUUUUGUUCAUAAGGAUUUCUUAAAAGAAAAAAACAAUAUAAUAGAGCUUUUGGAAAGUAAAAAUAAACAGAUAUUUAAAGAGAGAGAUGAACUUAUCAAAGAUCUAGAAACAUCAAAGUGGUAUAAUUCAACUAUUUUAUCGGAAAGAGAUAUAGCGUAUGGAGAACUAGAAAACUGCAAGCGGAAGAUUGCUGAUGCAAAUGAGCAACUAGAACACAAAGAAAAUUUAUGCGCUCAAUAUUUAUACAAUCAAAAAAUUUUAGAAACAAAAAUUGAGGAAUUUAAUAAACGCCACCAAAAGUUGGACUUCCAUAUCAUGGAAAUCGGUGAGCAAAAAACGUCAUUUUUGAAAGGGAUAUCUGAACGUCAAGUACAAUUUGAUUUCCUAUCAAAAAAAGUGAAGCAAACAGAAAAAGCUUUGCUUGAUAAAGAGAAGGAGUAUUUUGAAAUUUGUGAAAAAUCACAGAACCUAGCUCAACAACUUGAUGUAUCCAAUCAAGAGUUGAAAGAAACCCAAGAAAAUUUAAACACACAAUUGGUACUCAUUGAAAAUCUUAAAAUGAAAUUACAAAGUAUGGAAACAAGAUUGGAAUCUUUUCAAAAAAAACAAAAGGAAAAACAAGAACAAAUGUCGCGUAUGAAGGAUUUAUCACAAAAACAAAGAUCUUUCAUUUUAAAAAUUAUUCAAAUGAUCCUUUCUUACACACUGGGCGAAGAUACAUAUGAAAUAAAAACCGCAACAAAUGAGUUCGUAAAGUUGAAAGAUGAAGACAAUUUUCUAGAUUUUAAUCUCAUGGAAAAUGCUCUGAAUAAAGUAAUUAAAAAAAUAAAGGACAAAUUUGACGCAUUGGGAAAAGAAUUAGAAAAGAAGAAAAAUGAUAUUCAAAAUACAGAAGAUGAAUGCUCUACAUCAAAAGGUCAAGCGAAUUUAUUGGAUGUUGAAAUUGAGAAUUUAAAGAGAGCGUUAGAAUAUGAAGAAAACCAAAAUGAAGUAUUGAUGAGGGAAAACGAAAAUCUUAUUAAUUUACAAGAACACCAAAAAGAUAUCAUACAAAAAUUUGAACAAUGCGAAAUCGAUUACGAAUUAAAAUUGAAUCAAAAUAGUGACCAAAUUCAAAGUUUAACGAAUAAACUUGAGCAUGAAUUGCGAGAAAAACGACGAAUUAAAUUUGGUCUUCGGUUUGCAGAAAGCAAAGUAGCGGAUCGACGAAUAUCUAUUGGCUGGGGUCCAGUGUCGACGGUCCGUGUCUAUGAUUUAAAAAUGAUAAAAGGUUUUAACGUUAAUAUUUUAUUGGACAAAAAAAACCCCAAAACAUUUCUGUUUAAUAAAACAGAACACAAACUAGAUAUUCAAGUCAUACAGUUGAGUCCAGACAGGAAAUCAUUGUAUCUGUCAAGGGAUCAUAAACCUUUUACACAGACGGAUAAAAUAGAAAAAGUUAUUUCUUUUCAAAGCAUUGUCCUUUGUGAGUAUGGUUAUACAUCCAGCAGUUUAUCGUGGGAAAAAUUAGUCAAAAGCAGUCCUUUAUUGUGUCAACAAGAUGGUCACCCUAUCUAUUGGAGAUGUAUCUCUUUGUAUACAGUACAGAAAGUGUAUAAUUUUCUAUGCCAUACUGAUGAGGAAGCAGAAGCUAUGCUUUUAGUAAUUGCACACUAUUCUCCAAACUCAAUAGGAAUAAAAUCUCGUCAAGAAUUUAUUUUUCGGAAAGUAAAGUUGAAACUACAAGAGCAUUGUCGACGCCGUGGGAUACAAUUAAAACAACUUUUUCUUGAAGCUAUUCGACGUUCCUUGGUUACGUCACCUAAUUUUUCUAGACGCUUAUCUAAAAUAACGAGACAUUCCUUAAACGCUUUUGAAAAAAAAACCAAAUCAAAGACAAAGCAACCAGUCAUUACAUCACGGUCUGACGGCAUAACUAACGAUCAUACAAGCGAUGACACGUUGCAGGAAAGUCUGUCUAAUAAGAAGGUUUCUAUUCGCCUCAACAAUAAUUCAUAUAACAGUAACCAGCAAGAUGCUUUACUUGACAAACAAGAACGAUUGCCGCCAAACUACUACAAUAAUACUUUUCCAGAUACACCCGACGAAUUUUCCAAUUCUAUUCAAAAUGUAUCACAUAACUCAUCACCUAAACAAGCUAUGCAUCUUCUUACUCAAACAGUAAAAGAGAAGAAGACUGCAGCUUUUUCGCAGAAAAAAAAAUCGAUUGAAGAGCCCAAAGGAAACAAAAUAGUAAUGAAACCUUUCAAACACACGGUAUCAAAACCCCCGAUUGCAAAAAAAAAAGCAGAAUUUAUUGUAACAUCCUAACUCCAUAAUGUUAAAUUUUAUUUUAAAACUUUGUGCAUUAUUGUUUUUGUAAAAGC